AUGUAUUCAUCCAAGGCAAGACUUGUAUUUUGUUGGGCACACAAAUUAGGAUUUCUUAAUGAAACUGUAGAACGAGUAUGGUUUAUUCCAGGAUUUUAUUCGAUGAAUUGGUGGAAUUACAAUGAUACUCACUGCACACCUGCAGAGUUAAAAAGCGCGAUUAAUCAUGUUAUCCUUACUGAUACUAUCAAUUUAAGAACUGAUGGCAAAAGAGCAAUUAGCGGAGUGACCACUACACAGUAUAUGGAAAAUCUUCAUCGUUGGCCGACUAUUAAUAAGUACAAAUCGAACUCCUAUCAUCCUUACGGUUAUGAUACAGCUUGGGCGGUUGCAUUAUCAUUGAAUGCAACCCUUAAUGAAUUACAGGCUAACCCGGCCAAAUACGAUAACAAAUUAUUAGAAGAUUUUACCUACAAUAACUCCAAAAUGUCGGAAUUAAUAAAAAAAGAAAUGUUCGCGCUCUAUUUUGAGGGUAUUACGGGAACAGUUAAAUUUACUGCAACAGGGGAUAGAACGGGUACACUAACCGUCCUCCAGAGAGUUGAUAAUACUAGAAAUUUUGUCGGAAUUUACGAUGGCAUCAAAGAUAAGUUGAACUACACCGGAGGUUCGGCGAAUUUCCACUGGAACAGGAGAAAAGUACCUACUGAUGGCUCACAAAUUAUUAACAUUAUCAUACCCCUAGAAGUAAACUUUACUGCAGCCCUUAUUAUUGCUACUUUGUCUCUUCUUGGUGUUCCUUUCAGUUUAACAAUUUUGGGCAUCAAUAAUAAAUAUCGAAAUAUCCGCAGCAUUAAAGUGUCUUCGCCAACAGUUAACAUUUUUAUCUGUGUUGGAGCCAUUUUUAUGUAUCUAGCGAAUAUAAGUUAUAGCUUAUACCAGGCGGUCAAGUAUCAAGUAACAGAUCCAAUUAUCCCAGUAGUGUUAUGUGAGAUAUGGAAGUGGUUUUUACCAAUUGGCUUUACUUUGUCGAUGGGUGCCAUAUUCAGCAAAGCUUUUCGUAUAUAUGUAAUUUAUGCAAGUGUACAAGGCAAACCUCGCCGACGGAAAAUCUCCGAUAGAUCUUUAAUGAAAUUGAUUGGUAUUUUCUUGCUGAUCGAUGCCAUUAUUUUAUCCCUAUGGUCAAUCAUAGAUCCACUAAGAAUGAUAACAACGGUCGUUGAAAGCAAGCCUUCAGUUGAUAAUCCUGACGUAACCCAUGUCAAACAAAUAUAUUACUGUUCUUCAUCAUACUUGGCAUAUUGGAUGCUAGUACUGGGUACUAAAGAAACUAUUUUGCUCUUGUUCGGCAUGAUAGUAGCCUAUGGUACACGCAAUGUUCCCUACAAGGACUUAAACGAUGCUCGUUUAACGAUUACGAUUGUGUAUAAUUUUGCUGUAGUUGUGGUGAUAACUGGACCUUUAAGAUUUGCCUUGGAUUCAAUUAUACCUACUCCCUAUUUUAUUAUCGAUGGGUCUAUUAUUUGGAUAUCAAUAACUGUAAUGAUGUCUAUUAUCUUUUUACCGAAAUUCUGUAGAAUGCAGAAGGUUAAGGAUACGACUAUCGACUUAACUAAUGGGACUAAUAAAAGUCAAUCUAAAGAGGUCGAUUACAGCCAUGGAAAUAGUCAUGGAAAUGCUAUUAAUCCAAAACCGAAAGAAGCUCCUGUCAUUCAUCUGGCUGUUGCUGAUGUAUCCAAUUAG